AAGAUUAUAAUGGGAUAUCUAAAAAUCUAUAUGUGGCAAAAGUAGAUAAAAGUUAAGUAUUUAAUUUUUGUCAAUUUGUGCUAUGUCGUCCUAAUUUUUGUAUCUAAAACUCAUUACAUAAUUUAAAAGAUGGCCUUAAACGGUCUAAUUGUGGGUGACCACAUAUGGGCCGAGCCGGCCACCAAAGGGGAAUUUAACAUUCCCAUCGGCGGAAAAUUGGUGGGAAUCGAACAAGUUCGCGUCAAAAUUAGAGAUGACGAUGGACAAGAAUCCUACGUUUCCAACCAGCAAAUCAUUAAGAAUAUGCACGUAACUUCAAUCAAAGGCGUCGACGAUAUGAUUAAUCUGGGGGAUUUACAGGAAUACGCGAUCUUGAGAAAUCUACACAAAAGAUAUAUGGAAAAACAAAUUUACACUUACACCGGGUCACUUUUGGUAGCUAUCAAUCCGUACGAAAUUCUUCCGAUUUAUACGAAUAAUUUGAUUCGACAAUACCAAAAUAUGAAGUUGGACGAAUUACCUCCACACAUUUUUGCUAUUGGUGAUAACAGUUACAACGACAUGAAAACGACAAAAAAAAAUCAAUGCAUUGUUAUUAGCGGGGAGAGCGGAGCUGGAAAAACCGAGAGCACCAAGCUUCUGUUGCAAUACUUGGCGUCCGCCAGCGGCCAGCAUUCGUGGAUAGAGCAGCAAAUUUUGGAGGCAAAUCCGAUUUUGGAGGCGUUCGGAAACGCGAAGACCGUCCGCAACGACAACUCCUCCCGUUUCGGAAAAUACAUCGACAUCGGGUUCAAUCGAGAAGGCAUCAUAGAGGGCGCCCGCAUCGAGCAGUACUUGCUGGAAAAAAGUCGCAUCGUGUCGCAGAACGUCGGCGAGAGGAACUAUCACAUUUUUUACAGCAUGUUGGCCGGCUUGAGCAAAGACGAAAUGAAAAGAUUGGAUCUGUCCGAUGCCAAGCAUUUCGUUUACUUGACCGGGGGUAAAACCACCUCGUGCGAGGGCAGGAACGAGGUGCAGGAGUUUUCGGACAUUCAGUCAGCACUGAAAAUUUUAAAUUUCACCGAAGCCGAAGCGGUUAAUAUAUUCGGUUUGCUGGCAGCUAUACUGCAUUUGGGUAACUUGAAGAUAAAGAAAGGCUCAGCUGCGAAUACAGAGUCGUCUGAGGUGGGCGAUUCCAGUUUGACUGAAAAAAUUGCGAAAUUGUUGGGAAGCACCAAAUCGCAACUAUCGGAAGCCCUCACGAAAAAAACGAUUUUAGCUCAUGGCGAUACAGUCGUUUCGUUAUUGUCCAAAGAUCAAGCAGACGAAUCAAAAAACGCGUUCGCGAAAGGUUUAUACGGGAAAAUAUUUAUCAUGAUAGUGGAAAAAAUUAAUAAAGCUAUCUCUGUUUCAAAGAACCCUUACAAGAAAAUAGGUGUUCUCGAUAUUUUCGGUUUUGAAAAUUUCCAAGUCAACAGUUUCGAACAGCUUUGCAUUAAUUUCGCGAACGAAAAUCUCCAGCAGUUCUUCGUGCAGCACAUUUUUAAACUGGAGCAACAGUAUUACACGAACGAAGGAAUAAGUUGGGGUAACAUUUCUUUUAUCGAUAACCAGCAAGUUUUGGAUGUCCUUUCUGUAAAACCUCUCAACGUUAUGUCCCUUAUCGAUGAUGAAUCCAAAUUUCCAAAAGGUACUGAUUUUUCACUGUUGAGCAAACUUCAUGCGCAACACUCCAAAAAUACGAACUACCUCAAACCAAAAUCUGACAUGACGCCUUCUUUCGGCAUCAACCAUUAUGCCGGACCGGUAUUUUACGAUGUACCCGGGUUUUUGGAAAAAAAUCGCGACACCUUCAGUCACGACUUAAAAGGCAUAGUGCUAAAUAGCACCCACCCAAUGCUGAAAGAAAUAUUUGAUAGCGAGUUCAAACAAGAAACUACAACCAAAAGAAUGGUAACCUUGUCAUUCCAAUUCAAAAGUUCUCUGGACCAACUGAUGAAAACAUUAAACGCUUGCCAUCCCUAUUUUGUUAGAUGCAUCAAACCAAACGAGCUUAAGAAACCACAAAUUUUCGAUCGAGAGUUGUGCUGUAGACAGCUUCGCUAUUCGGGUAUGAUGGAGACAGCCAAAAUCAGACAAGCCGGUUACCCGAUCCGGUUCACCUUCAAGGAGUUCGUCGAUCGGUUUCGGUAUUUGGCGAAAGGCACGAAACCGUCCUCGAAAGGCGACUGCAAGGCCUCUUGCGCGGCCGUUUGCGCGCAGGUCUUCACGCAAAACGAAAACUACCAGCUGGGUAACACGAAGGUAUUCCUGAAACACCACGACUUGGAAGCGCUCGAAUCGAAGAGAGCGCAGAUACUUGACAGAUACAUAAAGGUCUUGCAGAAAUCCAUCAGAGGAUGGAUUUGUCGCAGCAGGUAUCUGAAGUUGAGGGAGGCUGCGAUCGUGUUUCAAAAACAUUUCCGCGCCAGAGGCCAUCGCUCGCGGUUCCUCAGGAUCCGCAACGGGUUCCACAGAUUGCAGGCCUGCAUCAGAUCCAGAGUGUCCACGCAUCAAUAUCAACAGCAAAGGGUGUGCGUCGACAAAUUCAAAGCCUACGUCAAAGGUUACAUGGUCAGGAAGCAUUCCGCGUUCGGAAAAAUCUACUCGAUCGUGGUGCAACGCAAGCGGGACGAAAUCGAUUUGAAGAGGUCGGGCUUCAAGAAUUACAAGGUGGAAGCCGAAGCGGUCAUGAUGCAAAAAUUAGGCGAGUUAAAUAGAUUCUACGAAGCCAAAUAUAAAGCGGAGGAGGAAGAGAGGAGCAGAGCUGAACUACAACUGGUCGAUGAUGAAUAUCUAUUUUUGAAAGAGUACUCCUCGAGCCCCUCUGAUGUUUUGGCUAACGAUGAAUUUGUGAAAAACCAAAAAAGAGCCUCGCACUUGAAACAAUUCGACGAAGAUCUAUCAGAGUACAACUUCAGAAAAUUCGCCGCCACGUAUUUCGUGCGUAGCGUGAGCCAUCAGUACUCGAACAGACCUCUUAAAGAAGCCCUUCUGGAUUUGCCGACGCCCGACGACACCCUGGCCGCCCAGGCCAUCUGGAUCACGAUACUUCGGUUUAUGGGGGAUUACCCCGAAGCCAAGUUCGAACACGUUGUCGACGACGACGAGCUGGUCGUCAACAAGGUCAGACAAACGCUGAGCAGAAGUUUCGCGAAUCGAAAGGAAUACCAGGAUUUGGUGAAGGAAGAACAAAAAAUGGCGACCAUGCGGAAAUACGACAGGAAGAAGUUGAUUAACAUGACUCUCAAAAGAAAGUCGAAAUUGCUCGAGGACGUUAAGAAAGGUUUUGUUGAGGAUUCCUAUGCCAGAGACAGCUACAACCACUGGUUAAAUAAUAGGCGCACUUCAAACUUGGAGAAAAUUCACUUUGUGACAAGCCAUGGUAUCUUUCGUCCAGAAUUAAGGGACGAAAUAUUUUGUCAAAUCUGCAAACUACUUACGAAUAAUCACAGUAAACCUUCGUACGCGCGUGGCUGGAUUCUCCUGUCGCUUUGCGUGGGAUGUUUCCCGCCCAGCGAAAAAUUCCAAAACUACCUCAGGGCCUUCAUCAGGGAGGGCCCUGUCGGCUACGCGCCCUACUGCGAAAACCGACUAAACCGUACGUUCAAUAACGGAGCCAGGUCGCAUCCGCCUUCCUACCAGGAACUCAUCGCUUGCAAAGACAAACAGCCCAUUGAGUUGAGAAUCAAGCUGCUGGACGGCACAGAGCAAAACAUAAAAACCGAUUCGGCCACCGUUGCUGAAGAGGUGUGCAACGAAAUAGCCAGCGCUAUAAACCUAAAAGACACCUACGGAUUUUCGUUGUACGUUGCUGUAUACGAUAAAGUGAUGUCGAUAGGAUUCGGUAUGGAUCACGUUUUGGACGCCAUCGCUCAAUGCGAACAGUACUCCAAAGAAAAGGGUCACUCCGAAAAAGAUUCCCCCUGGAGACUGUUCAUGAGAAAGGAGUUCUUUACGCCUUGGCACAAUCCGUCUCAAGACCACGUCUCCACCAACUUGAUCUACCACCAGAUUGUAGGCGGCCUAAGGUCCGGGGAAUACAGAUGCAAUAACGAGGCGGAUAUCGCUAAUUUGAUAGCCGUGCAAUGCUACGUAGAAAACGGAGCAAGCUUUAAUCAAAAAGCCUUGCAUGCAAGGAUUAACGAAUAUUUGCCUACUUUUAUCAUGAAAAGUCUCCAACUCGAUUUAGCUAGAUGGGAGAGUAAAAUAAUGGAAGCUUUUUCAAACCUGAGUUACGUGAAGCAACGAGAGCCAGCCGAUGCAGCUAAAGAACACAUCGUUAAAUAUGCAAAAGAAACUUGGCCGAUUCUGUUUUCGGUGUUUUACGAAGCCGUGCAAACUUCCGGUCCGGAACUGUCGAAAAAGAAUAUCAUCAUAGCGGUCAAUUGGACGGGAGUCUUCUUUAUAGACGACGCCGAGCAAAUACUUCAAGAUUUAACUUACGAGAACAUAACUUUCGUUACUUUCGAGAAAAAACAGGAAAAAUUGCUGUGCCUGAUUCAAACAAUCGCGAAAGAAGAAUACGCUUUCCAUUCGCCGGACGCGAAGAACCUCUGCGCGCUCGUGCAGCACGUGCUGGACGGUUUAAAGAAACGCUCGGUCUACUGCGUAGGCAUAGAAGACUACAAACAUCCGACCAAUACCGAAGCAUUCCUGGAAUUCAAAAAGGGCGACCUGAUCCUUUUAAAGAACGGACUCACGGGCAAAACAUUGAUCGACGCUUCGUACGGUUACGGAGAAUGCAACGGAAAAACGGGAGACUUCCCGACCGACAAAAUUCACAUACUGCCAACUUUAAAACAUCCAUCGGGCGACAUUUUGGCCGCUUUCAAAAAGGACGGCAUACUGGACAGAAAGCAAAAUCAAACGUUAGCCGAAUUUAACACUGCCCAAAGAAUGCGUCUGCAUACGUUGGCUUCAUACGCCAGCGAAAACUUUAGAACCAACAGAAGAACAACUGUAGGCCGAAGAACUUCGGUUUUGACUUCAGCUCGAAGAGCUUCUUUGGAGGAAUUAUGGAAACACACGACGGAACCGAUUCACUUGCCGCAUCUUCAAAAAGUGCUGGACGACGUGGAACUUAGCAAGGAGGCCUGCAAUAUUUUCGCGGCCAUACUUAAAUACAUGGGCGAUUUACCAGCCCCGAAGGCAAAAUACGCAACUGAAUACACCGAUUUGAUUUUCUCGUCUGCUUUGCAAGACGAUCUUUUAAAAGACGAGCUCUAUUGCCAAAUCAUGCGACAACUGACAUUCAACCGGUUGUGCUUAAGCGAGGAGAAGGCCUGGGAGUUGAUGUAUCUGGCGACCGGAUUGUUCGUGCCCAAUCAGGGACUGUUCGGCGAGUUGGAAAAGUUCCUGCAGUCCCGUCUUCACCCGCUCGCGGAGCCGUGCCUAAGGAGGGCCCAAAAGACACAGAAACUCCGUUCGAGGAAAAUGGCACCGUACUCGAUCGAAGUGGAGAGCAUUCAGCACCGAAGCUUGCAGAUGUUCCACAAAAUCUAUUUCCCCGACGAUACGGACGAGGCGUUCGAGGUGGAGUCGGUUAUGACGGCGGACGCUCUCUGCAACGCGAUAGCCGCGCGAUUGGAACUGGAAAGUCUGGAUGGGUUCAGUCUGUUUGUCGCUUUCCCCGACAAAGUUUUCUCCAUUCCUGGCAACGAGUUCUUCUUCGAUUUCAUGUCCAGCAUCAUGAUCUGGCUCAGAGCCACCAAACCAUCCUGGGGCACUGCCGCCACGAUGUCUGCACAAUACCAGCUCUUCUUCAUGAAAAAACUUUGGGUGGAUUGUGUGCCUGGUAAGAACCCCAACGGCGACAACAUCUUCCACUUCCACCAAGAACUCCCUAAAUACCUGAAAGGUUUUCACAAAGUCGGCAAAAACGACGCCAUCAAACUGGCCGGGUUAAUUCUAAAAGCGAAAUGCGACAACGAAGGUGAAGCCGUCUCAAUCCUUCAGCACAGCCUCAAGGAACUCAUUCCUGUCGAAGUCUACAAAGUGCAAAGUUCUUCCGAAUGGAGAAAAACUAUUUUGACCGAGUACAGAAAGAGUAGCUCGAUGAGUUUCGAUGAGGCGAAAUUGGCUUUCCUAAAACACAUCCACGAGUGGCCCACGUUCGGAUCGACGUUCUUCGAAGUUAAGCAAACCACCGAACCAACAUAUCCGGAAAUUAUUAUUGUGGCUAUCAACAAACGCGGGGUCAACAUUAUUCAUCCACACACCAAGGAAAUUCUAGCAACUCACGAAUUCGCUGACUUGAACAGUUGGUCUUCAGGUAACACAUAUUUCCAUCUGACUGUUGGAAGCAUUUUAAGAAAAACCAAGUUGCUAUUUGAAACGUCGCAAGGCUAUAAGAUGGACGAUUUGAUAACUUCAUAUACCUAUUACCUACGAGAUGCAGCUUUAAAGAAGGAAAAUGACAAGAAAACAUUUACAUUCCUUUAAAAAAAUGUAUAAUUUUUAAUUAAGUAAAGGGUUUGGUGUACAAUAA